CCUUAAAUUCAUCAUCCAUCCACUGGUCUGCCAUAUCUGAUUCAUUUGCAGAAUUCAAUGCCAAUUCUAACAGUAUGCCUUCAUCGUCAACAAGUAAUCUUGUACUAAUUUCUGGAAUUCUGUUCGUUGCAGUAGCCCUUCAGCUCAGCCUUCAACCAUUCUCACCAUUACCAUCUUUUGGAGCACUUCAAAUCCCUACUUCCCCACCGCCCUUUCAAUCAAACAGCAAAUUGCAGGAAGUUGUAAAGCUCGGAGAAGGUGUCCUGAAACAACCUGAAGCCGUCGCCGUCGACGGGAAGGGAACUCUUUACACGGCGACCAGAGAUGGAUGGAUCAAACGGCUGCUCAGAAAUGGAACCACCUGGGAGAGUUGGCGCCACGUCGACAGCGACGGUUUGUUAGGAAUUGCUCCUACUGAGGAUGGUGAUUUAUUCGUGUGCGAUGCAGACAAGGGUUUGCACAAGAUUGGGGAUGGGGGCGUCACAGUUGCCGCAACUCACGUCAAUGGCGACCCAAUAAGAUUUGCCGACGACGUGGCUGUAUCGUCGGAGGGUAAGGUGUACUUCAGCAUUGCAAGCAGAAAAUUCGACUUCCACCAUUGGCCUCUAGACAUUCUGGAGCCAACGUCCACCGGACAGCUUAUCCAAUUCGAACCUUCCACAGACACCGCAUCCGUCCUCGUCGAUAACCUAGGAUUCGCAAAUGGCGUCGUCUUGUCCGAGAAUCAGGAUUAUAUUGUCGUCUGCGAAACCUGGAAAUUCAGAUGCCUGAAAUAUGUGCUUAAAGGCGAAGAAGAAGGCAAAACAGAGAUCUUCAUCGACAAUCUCCCUGGAGGCCCCGACAACAUUAAUCUUGCUCCAGAUGGAACUUUCUGGAUUGCCCUGUUGCAGCUGAGGCCAAGCUGGUGGCUGCGAUAUAUUCCCGAGCAAUUUCUAAAAUCUUUUUCAAAGAUCGUUGAGUUUGGGAUCGGCGUUCACAAUGCAGCAAUGGUGGUGAACGUUGCAAGCGACGGCAGAGUCAUAAGAGGCUUCGAUGAUCCGACCGGGAAGGUUAUUGCAAAAGUGACAUCUGCAAUUGAGUUUGAUGGCCAUUUAUAUCUAGGAACUCUGCACAACGAUUUUGUCGGAAAAUUGCCAUUGACGGCUGCUAUGUGAUCAGUGAUACAAAGACAGUCAAAACAAAUGGUGCUGUUUUAUUA